AGAGGAGAGCCCUGUAUUUGGGAUAGUUACUACCACUCAGUUCUGACUGGGAUUUCCUUGACACAAGUCAAGGCAUUGUGUUGAAAGCUUUAUCAUGAACAUAAUACUUGGAAAUUGUGUGGGCAGCUGUGACCAGUUGGCCGGUCCGCCACCGGAUUUUAUCCUAUCGAUGCCGCCGCCACCGCUGCCGUCCUUCCUGAUCUCCAAACCGGCGACGGUGGACAUCCUGGUGCCCUCCAAUGAGUCCCAGCCGUGCUUCGCCGCCUUCAUGUGUGGCCAUGGGAUGCAGCACAACGAGAGCGGCAAUGCCCUGAUGGAGCUGGUGAGGAGCGAUUCCAAGAGUCUGGAGAACGUCUGGCUGUUUGUCUCGUCCUGCAUUGGGAUCUUUGUGUUCGGCUGCUUCCUGGCCCUCAUCGUCAUUAGAUGUAGAGAUUCCUUCUUCUCGUACCAUGACGCCAAUAUCAAGCAGACGGCCAUCAAUGCCCUUGGCGAGGCCACCAAAUCGAAUGCCUUCACAUCUGGCGGAAUACUGUAUCCCUGCGCCACGGCCAACAGCCGGGAUCUCCUCCAGAGUCAGCUGGUCAACGAUAGCCGUCUCUUGUGGGCCACCCUAACGCCUCAUGGUACACGGCACUUCAUCAUCGAGAAUUCCCAGGACGGGCACUACGAGUCGGUGGACUAUCGCGGAAAGUCCCACAGCCAAGUGUUCCGCGGUUACGAGAAGCACUCGCAGUCGUUUGUCAAGUCCUUUGACAACAAUGGCUUCGUUGACUACGACUACGAGGAUCCCACGCCGUUGAUGGACUCCUACCACGAUGACAUGGACUCGGGAUACCAGGAGCCCCACGAGGUCACCGGCUCCCUGAAGCGGUCUGCACUGCGGACCACUGACUCAUCGAAUGACACCCCAACCAGCGGCGGAUCGAGCUCCAACUACAACUCCAACCAGAUCGGCAACUCCAAGUCCAUUAGCCGCAAGACGACGCUGUCCCGCCGCAUCAGCGAUGCCUCCUCCCAAAAUGGUACAUCCAUGUAAAUGUUACGUCCAUUGGGGAACCCUUGAGUUGCGUUUUGUACAUUUCAAUUGGAUUAGGAUUACGGGGAUCGGAGCAGAGGGGAUCUACCCGAUCACGUCGUCCAACACAAACUACAGAUGGUAGUGAUUACACACGCUGAUAUUCUAGACUAUUUUAAGAGGUGAUGCACAAGUGUGGGUUGUUUUCGCGGGUCACAAGAGCAGUAAGUCCAUGGAACAAUUAGGAAUUCGUAUAUCUUAUCGGAAUAUGAUAUGAUAUAACUACGAUACAUCGGAAUUUAAAGCGGGAACCAGAGUUACUGCAUCUGUAAUCGUUACCAAUUUCACUAUAGAGACCCACAUGCACAUGCAAUUACUUUUUAAGCCUACUAUGGAUUAUAUCCGCUGGUGUACUAUAAUGCACACAUAAUACUCGCAUCGCUCUCAAUUGCUUGUACACAGACCUACACACUCCUUUUAUAUAUAUAAAUACCUUAACUAUACGUCAGAUAAUCUAACUAAUCGCGCAAUUCGAUUCGAUUUCGCUGAUCGAAAAGGCCAACUAUUGUAUCUGCAUAUGGGAUAUAGACCUACUAUACCCGUGGGAGUCCUUCCUCCCCAGUUCUGGGGAGGGAUUUAAUAAACAUGCAUAGAUUUUGAAAAUA